AUGAAGAUUCUCAACCCUAGAGACAAGUUUCUCUCCAACUACGAGGUCUUGAGUCACCUCCAAGACAUUAAAAAGAAAAAUAACUGGACUUUUGGCCCAGAGGAGAACGACAAAAAAUUCCAGAAAAAGAGAUUUACUGCCUGUGGUCUUGACUUGGAAGUCAUCACUAGAGACUUGUCCUCCUACUUGCAGAGCAGCCCCUGUGGUGUGAUCGAGUCCGACGAACAGUUCAGCCAGCUCAUGCUUUUUUUGAAUACUUUUGAAUUGGAAAAAAUCGAAAAAUUACAAAUUGUAAAUUCUCUUCCUCGCUCGAUGGUUUGUCUCUAUGCUGUCGUGGAAGAGUGUGACCAACGGUUUGACGAGGACACCUGCGAAACCAUAAUAGCCAAGAUCAACGAAUUGUUCCCUGUAGAAGGAGAGGACGAAGAGGAGGGGGAAGAAGAAGAAGAGGCUGCCAUGGAGCAACUGGAAGAACCAGUAGAUGAAGAAGACAACUUUGAAGACGCUCAAGAUGUCCAAAUGGAAGAGUAG